UGCUCAGGCUGGCCUUGAGCUCACUCUAUAGCCUGGACUGUCAUUGAACUUAUCAUCCUCCUGCCUCAGCCUCCUAAGCAGCUAGGCCUGCAGACCUAUGUCACCUGACUUGAUUCUUCUUCUUCUUCUAACAGUUAUUUAGCUGAGGAGUUGGAGGACAUGGAGGAAGGUGGUUCUCUACUUCAAGCAUAUGGUUCCUGGAAUCAAAUUCUGGUCCUAAGGCUUGGUGGCAAGUGCCCUUACCCUCUGAGCCAUCUUGCUGGCUUUCAGCUUUCGGAGAUAAGCUUUUACUCAGUAGCUCAGGCUGGUUUUGAACUCACUAUAUAAUCUAGUCUGGCCUCAAACUCACAACAGUCCUGCUACCCCAGCCUUCCAAGAGCUCAAUGUCUUUUCCAUAGAGCAAAAUUAAGGAAAAGUGAGAAAGAAGUCCCAUGGGAGAGACUCCAAGAGAGCAGCACCCUGAAUGAUGAUUCUUGGGGUACUUCACAUUAGCUGGGCAGGAACCCUGUCCCUGCUCCGAACUUCUGGUUCUUCCAAACUUCUAGUAUCUUUCAGGUAGGACUUCAGUUUCAAAACAAUGCUCUCCUGGAGCAGGUGGUUAUGGGUGUUAAGGCCACAGGAGCCCCUGUCCUUUCCUAAUAGUGCUGUACACUGAAGUUGUUACUUACAUUUUCUGUAAUUCAAAGACUUGGAGCAUCUGAAAUCCCAUCUGUACUAUAUGAGAAAGAUUUUACUGAAUGGUGACCAAGGGCCAGGCAGAUCAGUGAUGGCCACACAAGAAGCAUGAGACCAGACUGUGGCCUGAUUCUCACACUCCAGUGGGUAGAUAAGGGAUGAAGCCUGUCCCCUUCGAAUUAUCAUAGCAGGGGCAAAGAGAGGUUGGGUACUAUGUAUAAUGAUUUCUAGUCAUGGUUCCCCUACUUUCAAUACAUAAUAUUUUAGAUGUAUUAUUAUAGUGUGUAUGCAUGGGAGGGCACAGUACAAGUAUAGAGGUCAGAGGACAACUCUGUAGAGUCAGUUCUCUCCUUCCAUCUUUACAUGGGUUCUAGGGCUCAGGCUUAGGUCUCUAGACUUGUGUGGUACCCUCGGAGUCAUCCCACCAGCCCUUUGGCUUCUCAGUUCAUAGAUCCUUAGUAUCUUUCUGUAACAGUGAAUUGGUUGAGGGCCUAGGCUAAACCCUGUGUUGUGCUGGGUGGUAGUGGUGCACCCCUUUAAUCCCAGUACUUGGGAGGCAGAGGCAGGCAGAUCUCUAUGAGUUAGAGGCUAGCCUGGUCUACAGAUUGAGUUCCAGGGCAGCCAGAGCUACACAGAGAAACCCUGUCUCAAAAAAACAAAACAAAACAAAUCCCCCCCCCCCCAAAAAAAAACCAGUCAACCAACCAACCAAACAACAACAACAGAAACGUGUGUGUGGUGAACCUUCAAAGCCAGGGAGACCCAAUUUCCCCUUGUCAUUUACUUUUUAUUUAUUUAUUGCUGGAGAUAAUUCUCACUUUACUAGAAUCUGUUCAUAAGGUAUGGGUGUUUCCCAAGGUUCCACUCAGAUCAAGUAAGAAGCCAAAACAACAAAAAUUGGUGGCCUGCCUGGUCUACAAAGUGAGUUCCAGGAAGAAAAAGAAAUGGGGCCUAAUUGUGCAUUGUGAGCAUUGGGCAAAAGCAAUGCCUCUAAUGGUCAUUUCUUUUCAGUUGAGAGCAUCUGUUGAGUCCACUUCCCCAGAAGGAAACCAUCCAACAAAUGAGAAGCCUGGGGUAGACCUGCAUGGAAUAGGUAGUCCAGUGUGAUGCUGGCAUGGCCUUCCGCCCCUCCAUGCCUGUCCUUUUUCCCUUUCCUUCCUCCCCACUCCCUACCUCCCCUCCAAGACCACAUUGUGAGGUCCAGGUUGGUUCAGAAUUCCCCACAUCCUUCUGUCCCAGCUUCCCAGUUCACCACCAUCAGGGCUCCAGCCCUGUCUUUUACCAGAAAUGGCUGCAUGACUUUGGGCAAACUUUGACUACCUCAGUUUCUCACUUUGUGGUGGUAUCAUGAGGAGAUUAUAGAGAGUCAAUUGCCACUGCCUCACAGCAGCACAGCCGCAGGCGUUGUAAAAUGCUAAGGUGCUCUUCAACAUCAACACAGCACCUUUUUACUACAUGGAGGCAUCCCUGGGCCUGAUCCCCUUUUAGCCUUAGCCCUCCAUUUGGGGACCAAUCUGCAGAAGUCAGGGACAGACACUCCCCAAGACGCCAGGUGACCACUCCUGUUUGACUCCGCCCCCACGGAAAGAAGGUGAGGUGGGGGCGGGAUUGGAGGUAAGGGUCAGCAGGAUUGCUGAGUUUAAGACUAGCCCUUCUGGUCAGUCCCACACCUGCCACCCUCCUACGCCUGUGGGCUACCUCUGUGCUGGCUAAUAAUGCUGCUGCUGCUGCUGCUACUGUUGCUGCUAGGACCUGGACCCAGACUCAAUGAGGGUGAGUGACCAGCGAGGGUGGGUGACAACCGGCUUCCUCCAGCCCGAGUCAGAUUCCAUACCUCCUCAUUUUUUUCUCACCACCCCCAACUCAACAGACCCUUAAAGCACCCAGAAGCCUUUCUUCAGAUGCCUACACACCUACCUUCCCAGACACUCAGGAGCCCUGUCUCUGAUCCCUUCCAGCACCCUCCACUCAGACAUUCCAUUCAGGUGAAGGGUAUCAGAGUUCUCCCUCCACAAGCCCCAGAGUUACUGCAGUCCUCUCCAGCAGCCUGGAGCUCCCAGACCCGGGUCCUGAGCCCUCUGAACUGGCAAUCACUUGCCUUGUCUUUGGGGUCUGAGGUAAGACUUCCAGGCAGGACCCUGUGGGUGGGAGGAUCAGGGAUAGGAACUAGACUCCUGUGGAUGGGUGAGGAAACCCCCUUUAGAGAGGUUUCUCUUGGUGACUCCCUAGUCCUGGGGUACCUGGCCUUACCUGAGUACUGAGGUGAGGUGUGAAGCUUCUACUCCAGGACAAAAUCUUCCAGAUCCACAUCACAGAUCCACCAGCUGGGUAGCACAGCUCAGGGAUGCCUAGGACGACUCACACUGGGUGUAUACCAGCAUUGAGUCCUUGGGCUUGUACAAUGCCCCAUGGGUCCUGGAACUGCCAGUGGAGGCUGCCCACAAAGACAGAGCAAACAGACCCCAGCCUGACCUACCCCACCUAUGUUAGCACAAAGGGAGUGUUUCGUUUGGUUCCAAACCCAGUGCUGCUGUCUGUACCUCACCUGGGCCCUUCAUGGGCUGUUCCAGCCUCUGUGACAGCAGAGUGGUUAGGGGUGGAGUUGGGGGGAGCUGGGCAGAUGGUUUCAGGGGACAGUGUUGGGAGUGGUUAGGCUAGGAGUGUCUGACCUGGGCUUGGUGGCUCCUGAGGUCAGCAGACCUUUCCUAGAAGCCUUUCUGUGUGUCAGGCUAUCCAGCUAUGAGAGUCAGAGAUCUGUUCUGGAAGAGCAUCUAAGCAAGAAGUGCACUCCCAUAAACAGGCACAGCAUGGGCCACCUGUAGAGUAAGGCUUCUGUGAGCCGGCUGAAGAGAAGGCAGGGGCAGUAGUGUGAUGGGCCUGACUGGAGGGAUGGCUGGGUUCUGGAGAGGUAGGAAGGCUUGGGGGUCAAGCUUUGGAUUUCCACUGGAAUGUGGAGUACAGUGGAACUGGGAGCUUUACCCUGAAUCCAUGGGAACUAUGGAAGGCUCAAGGCAAGUGUGGGGACUAUUGGAAGAGGGCAGGCUUAUCAUCCAGAAAGGAAAGUGUAGCCUAGGCUGGCCUCAGACUUACAUCUAGCCAAGGACCUUCACUUCUGAUCUUCCUGCCUCCACCUUGAAGUGCUGGGGAUUAUGGGUACAGGCUACCAUGUCUUCUUUAUACAAUGCUAGGGAUGGAAGCCAGUGUAUGCCAGGCAAGCACUCUACCACCUGAGUUAGAGCCCCAGUUUCUCUAAAUUCAGUUUUCUUCUUAUCUGAGACACCUUGAGAACCCCCUCCCAGCCUCUAGUGUGGUACUUGAGAGAAAACAGGAUUGGAUUUAACUUUAGUGUGGAGCCCUUAAACAAGUCAUUAUGAUGGAAACAUGCUCUAAGUGACAGAUGAGAGUCAUGGCAGGCCAGGGCCAGGCUGCACCUCCACUGUCUUCCAUCCUGGAGUGGGGUAGGGGAGGGUGGACACAGACACUCAGCAAACAGACUUGGCAGUUGGUCCUGCUCUCUCGCCCGUGCCCCUCAGGCCUGCCCUCCUGCUGCACCAGUGUGUGAGCUGGAGCCUGCUCCACUGCUGUGAGCUGGGGGAGUAUGGAGGCCACUUCCCCCAGCUGGUCCCGUUUUUACCUUUCAAAUGCAGGGUUUACUGUCGCACCCAUUGAGUACUACUAGAGGUGUACCAGGACCCAGGUGGUUGGAGUCAGGCUAAGGAAGGACGCUGACCUUGAGGUGAAAAUAAAAGUUGAUAUAUAGGGUCCUAAGCCAGAGUCUUAGAGGAGAGUAGAGAGGCUCAGAGACUCAGAAUCCCCAGAGAGCCUCCUUUGUGCAAGGAUGUUCUUCAGCUUGUCUUUUAUGACAAGCAAGCACCUAGCAAAUCAGCAUGAUACAUAUUGAAUGCACAGUGCAUAGUCUGACUGCAUCCGAAGGGGCAGAGCAGUGAGAACCAGGGCAUUCUAGGGAAAGAGAUCAGCCAAAGUCCAGUGCUGGGGUCUCUCCUAGACUGUGCUCUACAACUCAUUUUCUGCUCACAUUGCCUUGAAGAUCUGGAUUGUAAUGGAGUUUGUAAUGUGCAGAGCACCAUGAAUGCCUUGUCCAACUUUAUUCUGAGAGCUGAUGCCACUUUAUCCUGCACUAUGCAAAUGAGGAAAUCAAAGCACAGAGAAACUAUCAUUUGUCCAAGGGCACACGCCUAAAAAAUGAGAUGAAACCCAGACAAGUUGAAACAUCUAGAUCCUUGUCAGACUAGUGCCCUUCACUAGGGAUAGGGAAACUCUGACCUUGAACCUAUGACCUUUGUUUAUCCCUCAGCAACAAGGAGGUCACAUGUGUACAAGCGAGGGCUCCUGGAACUGGCAGGAACCUUGGAUUGUGUUGGUCCUCGAUCACCAGUGGCCUACAUGAACUAUGGCUGUUAUUGUGGCCUGGGUGGCCAUGGAGACCCACGUGAUGCCAUCGACUGGUGCUGUCACCAUCAUGACUGCUGCUACUCUCGAGCUCAGGAGGCUGGCUGCAGCCCCAAGAUAGACCGCUACGCAUGGAAAUGCAUCGACCACCGCAUCCAGUGUGGACCUGCAGAGAACAAAUGCCAAGAACUCCUGUGCAAGUGUGACGAGGAGCUUGCGUACUGCCUUGCAGGAACAGAGUACCACCUGAAAUACCUCUUCUACCCCUCGGUUUUAUGUGAAAAGGACUCACCCAAGUGCCACUGAUGGGCUGGUCUUGAAAUGUUUGUUUGCCCACGGAAAUGAAGUUUGCUUCCAGUAAUGAACAACUUCAUUCAAUUUCUGCAGGAGGUAGUGGGAGCCAGGUGAUAAAGCCUUGUGUUUGCUUUCUCCUCCAUUCAAGAACUUGGGACUGUUAGCCUGUGGAGUGGCUAGUUUGAUGAAAGCUGAGUCCUGGGUCUGUCUAAUACAGCCACCAGUGUGCUGUACUGCUAUCAGUUUUGAAGCUCAACGUUUAUGAAACAGUGUGCUAUCUUCUAACCUGCUGUUGAUGGCUGGG